CCGAAACAAUAAAUAAAAAUAAAGGGGCUUCUCAGGGGCACAUGGUCGAGCAUGAGAGGCGCAUUUUGAGGGGAGCAGCUGCGACAGCGAUGGGCGCCGGCGACGCCGCCAAGGAGUACGCGGCGGGCUUCGCCGCCGGCGUCGCCACCGUCGUCACCGGCCACCCCUUCGACACCGUCAAGGUGAAACUACAAGCGCACAAUACUAAAACAAGUGUGAAGGUGUACAAGAAUGCUUGGCAUUGCACUAGCCGAAUCCUGAUUGAGGAAGGCAUAAGAGGAUUGUAUAAAGGUGCAUCAUCUACAUUUGUUGGAAUAGCAUUUGAGAGCUCCCUGUUCUUUGGCACGUACACUCAAGUGAAGCAAUUAUUGCAGGGAGAAGCUCAGAGCAGUAAGCCAAAGCUUGAGGUAAUUAUUCCUUCUGCAGGAUUUAGUGGGGCUUUGAUCAGCUCCAUUUUGUGUCCAACUGAGCUAAUUAAGUGUAGAAUGCAAGUUCAAGGGAAGGAUGCAAACUAUUCUAAAUACACCGGCCCUCUAGAUUGUGCUCGCAAGACACUAAAGAAUGAAGGGGUUAGAGGCUUAUUUCGUGGCGGUUUGGCGACUUUACUAAGAGAAUCAAUCGGAAAUGCAGUCUUCUUUAGCACUUAUGAGUUUACUCGUUAUUGGAUGCAUAUGCAUUUGGAUUCGUUGCCAUUUUUUAGUAGCGAACAGUCGGUGGUGCUAAGAGAUGUGGGGAUUGGCAUCAUAACCGGGGGAAUUUCUGGGGUUGCCUUUUGGUCAGCUGUUCUCCCGUAUGAUGUUGCAAAAACAGUAAUUCAGACUUCUUCUGAUACACAUCCUAGCCGUAAUCCCUUUCGGACUAUAAGCUUGAUACACAGCAGAGCCGGAUUGAGUGGAUGCUAUGCUGGUCUUGGGCCUACGUUGGCUCGAGCAUUUCCUGCCAACGCUGCCGCCAUCGUAACAUGGGAAUUUAGUGCCAAGUUACUGGGCAUCAGGCGUGCCUAAAUUACGAUUGUGAGUCGAUCUUCGAGCAUUUAGAUUUUGUCAUAUCUUAUUAAAUUCAUAUGUUUAGUGAUCAGACAACUUAUCAUCAUUUUCUUUGUGGAAAUCCUUCAGAAAUUUUACUGAUCUGAAGUUUUUCAGAACAAACUCCAGGUGGAAUUCCUACUGCGUCGUUUUCGUAUUUCGGACGGUUUUGAUCUCUCUGAGUUUUAAAUUUUCAUUCAGAAAUUUUUGAAAAUUAUCUGAAUGAAAUACUGAUCCCUUAAAUUCCAGUUGCUUUCAACACUCUGAUUUUUUAUAUAUUUUUUUCUUUUAGAUGAUUAGGCUUUGCGCUCAUCCUGCUAGUGCUGGAUCAGGUUUUCAUUUUCCCUUGAAUUUCCAAAAGGGUAGUAAUAGUGAUGAGGUUGUUUUGUAAGAUUUUGCAACCCUAGUUUCUCUAUUUUUUGGUUGGCAUCUUUAAUUAUUAGUUCAAAAAGAAUAUGAACUUA